GGGUGCGUGUGAGCGCGCGUGUGUGCGUGCGUGCCCGCCCGGCGGGGUGCGCGAGGGGGAGAGCGCGAGGGCGAGCGGGGAGCGAGCGAGUUGCGCAGCUGCGGUGCGCACAGCCCCGCCGCCAGCAGCAGCAGCAGCAGCAGCAGCAGCACCUCAGCGGCACGGAGCGAGCGGAGCUGCUAGCUGCGCUGGAGAGAGACGCGCAGGGAGGAGGAGGAGGAGGAAGAAGAAGAAGAAGAAGAAGAAGAAGAAGAGGAGCAGGAGGAGGACAGGAGCAGCAGGAGGAGGAGGAGGAGGAGAGCGACGGAGAAGACGGGGGAGGAGGAGGGAGAAGAGGAGGCCACACGGACACCAACUGGAACAAAGUAUUUCCAAACCAGCACCCAACUCCACCUUGUGAGGCUCCCAGCAUGGCUUCCGAGGAACUCUACGAGGUAGAGAGAAUUGUUGACAAGAGGAAAAACAAGAAGGGAAAAACAGAGUAUUUGGUGCGAUGGAAAGGAUAUGACAGUGAAGAUGACACCUGGGAGCCAGAACAGCACCUUGUUAAUUGUGAGGAAUAUAUACAUGAAUUUAACAGGCGUCACAAUGAAAAGCAAAAAGAAAGCACAUUAACUAGGACAAAUAGGACCUCUCCAAAUAACGCCAGAAAACAAAUUUCUAGGUCUACCAAUAGUUCUUUUUCAAAGACUUCCACUAAAUCUUUAGUUAUGAGUAAAGACCACGAGUCAAAAAAUAAUCAACUCUUUACUGCCACACAGAAGUUCCGGAAAAACAAUUCACCAUCUCUUUCUGGAAGGAAAAAUAUGGACCUUGCAAAAUCAGGUAUUAAAAUCCUCGUGCCCAAAAGUCCAAUUAAGAGCCGGACAGCAGUUGAUGGCUUCCAAAAUGAAAGCCCUGAUAAAAUGGACCACACAGAGCAGGAUCAAGAAGACUCUGUAGCACCUGAAGUAGCAGCAGAAAAACCCGUGGGAGCUUUAUUAGGACCUGGUGCAGAGCGUGCCAGGAUGGGGAGCCGACCAAGGAUACAUCCAUUAGUGCCACAAUUGCCAGUGCCAGUAACAGCCACAAUUGCAUCAGCAUUAACAAUAAAUGGAAAAGGUACAUCUACCUUUAUGGAAGCAUUAGCAGCCAAUGGUACAACCAACAUACAGACUUCUGUGACAGGAGUGACAGCCAGCAAGCGGAGGUUUAUUGACGACAGGAGAGAUCAACCUUUUGAUAAAAGGCUGCGUUUCAGUGUGAGGCAAACAGAGAGUGCAUACCGGUACAGAGAUAUUGUUGUCAGGAAACAAGAUGGAUUCACGCACAUCUUGCUAUCAACAAAAUCAUCUGAAAAUAAUUCACUAAAUCCAGAGGUAAUGAAGGAAGUCCAAAGUGCACUGAACACAGCAGCUGCAGAUGACAGUAAACUCGUGCUGUUCAGCGCAGUUGGUAGCAUUUUCUGCUGUGGUCUUGAUUUUAUUUAUUUUAUACGACGUUUAACGGAUGAUAGAAAAAAGGAAAGCACUAAGAUGGCAGAAGCUAUUAGGAAUUUUGUGAAUACUUUUAUUCAGUUUAAGAAGCCUAUCAUUGUAGCAGUAAAUGGCCCAGCCAUUGGACUUGGAGCAUCUAUAUUGCCUCUGUGUGACGUGGUUUGGGCUAAUGAGAAGGCUUGGUUUCAGACACCAUACACUACUUUUGGACAAAGUCCAGAUGGAUGUUCAUCCCUUACAUUCCCCCGGAUAAUGGGCCUGGCUUCUGCCAAUGAAAUGUUGUUCAGUGGAAGGAAGUUGACUGCGCAGGAAGCUUGUGCCAAAGGACUGGUCUCUCAAGUGUUUUGGCCAGGAACGUUCACACAAGAAGUAAUGGUUCGAAUUAAGGAACUGGUGACAUGUAAUUCAGUUGUACUUGAAGAAUCCAAAGCUCUAGUACGUAAUAUUAUGAAGGUGGACUUGGAACAAGCAAAUGAAAAGGAGUGUGAAGUUUUGAAGAAAAUCUGGGGCUCAGCACAGGGGAUGGACUCAAUGCUAAAAUAUCUGCAAAGAAAAAUUGAUGAGUUCUGAUGAGGUGCCCAUUGACACUGGAAUUGAACUUCUUGGACAUCAGGGCAAACCAAAUAUGCCCGUUUUAAAACUUAUAUAAACUCACCCCUGGCUCAGCUUGGGAACAGUAGAAAAACCCCUCCUCCCCACCCCCCCAUGUUAUUGUCAAGGGGUAUGAAAGUACUGUAUCACUUAAAUUUGAACAAAACUCCUUUCUCCCUGAUUGUUUUGUGUGUGUGCGCAUAUAUAUGUAAAUUAUAUAUAUAUGCACAUGCAUAAAUUAUGUGUGUGCACAUACAUAUAAACUUUUAUAUAUACAAAAUGUAAUGUGGGAGUGUGUACAUAGACACAUGCACACACCAGGUAAACAAUGAUAGAGUGCACUACCAACCAUCUAGUUUUGGUCAUCAUUGGCUAGUACUGUAUCAAACAGAGAACGGAUUAAAAAGUGAAUGGUGUUGCAUUAUUUUCUGUAUGGCAGGGAAGUCUGGAAUAAUGCUUUUCUUUUAUCAUUAGAAUACAGAAUUGAAACGGGUAUUAGCCAGCCCUUACUUUCACUGCCCAACAAGUCAGCUAAGAUGUAAGGCACUGUCUCAGAAGAAGGUUGACAUACCUCAAUGGAACAUCCUAACAUUAUUCAGAUGAGCUCCUUAAAGUUUAAAUCAAAAAUAUCACCCAAAAGAGAGUGUGCUCAGGAUUAAUGCUAAGGAAACACUCCGCCCUCUUCAGGGGAGUGGUAGAGAGGGGUGGGAGGAAGAGAGCAGGAAUGUGUUUAAUUCUUACCCAGAUAACGUGAAGAAACCACUGUCUCUUAGGGAAGGGCAAUGAGGGGAAGCAGGGGGAAUGUGGAGGGGAAAGGAAAAAAAGACAAAAAAAGCUUGUUUUGCAGUAUUAGUGAAUCACUGAAUAUCUAUGUAUGAAUAUCCUAAGUUAUAAGUUAGUUUUAGUGGGUUUUCAAAUAGCCUUUUUUUUUUUUUUAAAUAACUACAUAAGUGCUUCUGUUGCUGGGUGAGAAUACUACUUUAUAUACAGUUGUUUGGUUUUCUUUUCCUAUUUGCUGGUUUAAUUGAUGUAUUACACCAAAAAUGCAUUUUAUGUUCAUAAAUUUUAGGUUCACUUAGAAUAUAUUAUUUAAUAAGUUAAAAUUCUUUUGGCACACUAUUAAGUAAAAAAAAAAACUUUUAAAAAAACUACCUUAUAUUAGAUGUUUAAUGUUCUUUGUCUAUGCUUUUUUAUUAUUUUAAAUAUACACUAUAUACAGUAUGGUGUAAAAGAGUGCCCUGUGUAAAUAGACCUAUUUUGCAUUCCUUUCAGGAGUGGUUAUUGAUUCCUGACUGCAGAUAUCUAUUAUUAUUUGGGUAUCUGUGCUUGCAAUCUUAUUGAAUGUAUUAUGAAGAAUGGAAUAGAAAUCAAACCUUAUUUUUGUACAGUUUUGAAGUUUUUACUUGGAACUGACCCACCUCCCCUUCCCAGUGGAGAGCUGUACAGUGUGUAAAUCUGCCUUUACCUUGGAUUGGUACAGUAUUUUUGCAUCUGUGGGACCUACUUUUUUUGUUCUAGUAGUUUGAACUAUAUAUAAACUGUACAAUCUGUAAAGUUUUUAUAGAAUAAAUAUUCAGCUGUGAAAACUGGUUAAAUAAAACUAAUAUUUCUUAACACAUUUUAAA